AGCGGAGAAAGUCUGCAUUAAAUGCGACGAGUAUUAUUGCACUGUGCACGUGAUGCCACAUCUGGAGAAUAACACACUGCGACAGCACGUGCUGAUCGAUCCAGUGGCUAACACCAGCAGACUGUGUAAAGUACAUGGGAAAGAGUUGGAGUUGUUCUGUACGACCGACAGCACUGCUCUGUGUGUGUACUGCAUGUUACCAUCAGAAGCCAAACAUCUGCAGGGUCACAAUGUGGUCAAACUCUCGGACUCCAUGGACAGUUUUAAGGAGGAGUGUAAAGUUAAACUUGACUGUAUUAAAGCUAACCUGUCUAAAGUUCAAGAUGGACUUUCCAUACUAGACGAACAAUCAUCUGCCACUAAGGAGGAGAUUGAGAAUCAGCAGCAAGAGAGCACAAAGGUCUUGAGCAGGAUGAGGCUUUUCUUAAGUUUUGAAGAGAAAGCCUGGCAGAAGCGUUUCUCGGUGGACCUGGUGCAGGAGGGCCAAAGCGUGAGACAGAAAGCAGAGAGAAUGAACAGGUUGAGAAGUAGGUUACUACAGGCACAUGAAACCUUGGGUCAGGCCCAAAACUUUCACGACCCUUUGAUUCUACUGCAGACUUUAAAAAAUACAGACUGGACUGAUUUAUUUGAUGAAAAAACUUGUGAAAAUCAGAUCUCAGAGACAAUUGAGUGGAAUCAUGCAAAACCCACAGCUCUGUCAAAGAUUUCCCCGUUGCUCCAGUCCAUUCGCAAGACAUUUGCUGGGGAGGAUAUCAUGUUCAACUCUUCGUCAGCACAUCACAGACUCAAGUUUAACCCAGAGCGCACCACCGUGUGGCUGACAGAUGAUGGUGGACUUUGUUCUGCCUCUUUUUCCUCUGAAGAUUUUUACUGUGUGGUGGGUGAAGCUUCAUUCUGCCGUGGCAUCCACUACUGGGAGGUUGAUGUGGCUUCUGUCCACUCUUGGGCAGUUGGAGUGUCAUACAGAUGUCAGCAGGAUCGUUCUGGUCUUGGCAGGAAUGAUCUUUCCUGGGCUUUACACUACAGUAGGGACCGCAGGCAGUUCUGUGCCCACCACGACUGGCUUCAGUUCAGCUUCUCAGACUCUGGCCUCCCCGCACGAGUGGGUGUUUAUUUGGAUAUGGAUAGUGGUUUCCUGUCUUUCUAUGAUGCCGUUAGUAUCAAGCAUCUUUACACUUUUUAUUGUGACUUUCAAGCUCCAGUGUUUCCUGCUUUCUGUCUGAGUUUGAGGAAUGCAGCAGGAGCUUCACAGCAGAUGAAAAUAAUAAACCCCACGUCAAAUAAAAGACUAGGGAUGCUUUGAUCAGGAUUUUGCAGCCAAUACUGAUGAUGACCAUCAAUACAGUAUAACUUUACAACACGUAAUUGAUUAUUUUUUAGAUUAUGGCAUUUUUCCUGCACGUGAGUUAUGUUUACCGUUACCAAGAACAUUAUCACCUAUUAUACUACUCGCUUGAUACUCAUUGGUGGCAUCCACCGCUUAUCUUGGUAAGUGAUACAAUGGGGGAAAUAAGUAUUGAACUCGUCAACAUUUUUUUUCAGUACAUAUAUUUUCAAUGAGGUUAUUCAUGUGAAAUUUUCACCUGACAUCAGAAUUAUCCUGUCUUGUCCUCGACCCGAGGACAAUGAGACAAACAGACCCAGUUCCGGUAAAUGUGAAACUCAGCACACCUCUGAUCUACUGGCCGUCCUUCAACGUGAUGCCCAGCUGAUGCCUGACCAACACCACCGGCAUACCAACGACCACCGGCAGAACCCGUUUAAUCUCCUUAUCCGUUUACAUGUAUAUACAUAUCUCCCAAGGGUUUUUCUCUCCUAGGACUUUUUUUCUCCUAGGGGGUUUUUCAACCCGGGGAGGCAGCCUUCUUGGGCUUUACUUAUCACCCUCUUCUAUACGUUAGAUUAGUAAUACGCUCGCUUAAAAUGUUGAUUCAUAGCCACAGCAAAUUUAGCUACUUAUGCUGUCGUGUAUUAUGUUGUGCUAUCUGUCGAUUUUCAGUGCUUUUCACUGCUCCUAUUAUUGUAAAGCUGCUUUGAAACAAAUUCUUUUUUCAGACGAACAUGUUUUUUUUUAGAAAUUGUCCUAGAUGUUUCCGUUUACAAAAUGUAAAGUUAUGGGUCCGCUCCUUCAAGUCCAAAAAAUCGGCAUCCAUCCUUCACAAAAGUAAUCCAAAGCAAACAGCGUCUUAGUCGUGUCCGCAUGAAUGUCAGAUGAAUGUGUCUCCAUCUUCCGCAUUUGUCAUACAUCACAAGAAAAGUGCGUACACUACGCUAAUACUCUCUUAUGAAUGCGGACGCUAAGAUGGCGGCGUUACCAGAAGCUAGUUAUUUUCGUUUAGAAAGUUUUCAAUAUGGAUAUUUCUACAACAAACCAGCACAGCUCUUUCCGAGUGGUCCUUGGCUCUUGGCCUACUCUUCUGACUAUUCUCCUUCUUCCUGGUCAGGAAUCUUGCGAGGAGCUCUUGGGCUUGGCCGGUUGAUGUUGCUUCCACUUGCGGAUAAAGGCCCCAAUGGUGCUUACAGGAAGAUUCAGAAAUUUUGAAAUACACCUGUAUCCGAUUCCAUCAAUAUGUUUCCCAACAACAAGGUCUUGGGAGAGCUCUUUGCUUUUACCCAUCAUGAGAUGUACCUUGUGUGACAACUUGGUAACAAAUAAUAAUAUGAAGAGUUUGGUUCCAAAAUGUAAUUUUUUGGCAGUAACAAUUUAAUAAAAAAAAUGCACAGAUAGGAAAUAUAAUUACUUUCUAAAUACUUAUGGAUUUCAGCUGGUUCCUUGCCUUGAUGACUAUCUUUGUUUCUUUUUCCGGUGUUAUUUUUAUUGCACAUAACUUUAUUUAUUGACUUUUUUACAUUUGUUGAUUUCUUGAGUUAAUACUGAUGUCUGGUGAAAAUUUUGUGAAUAACCUCAUUGAAAAUAUAUGUCCUGAAAUUAUUGUUGAUGCGUUCAAUACUUAUUUCCCCCACUGUAUUUUUAUGCUACUUCAACUUGAACGUCAUUCUGCAUUUUUUUAACACUGUUUUCUUGCUCUAUAUUUACAAGAUGCAGGGAUUGUUCAAGAUUUUGCAUAACAAAAACCUACUAUUACACACCUAGAUUGUUUAACAAUGUUAAAUCACACCUAUUCAUCUCGAUUAUAAAAACAGUGUGAUAAUAGUGAAUAACUACAGCGCUAGAAAUGGAAAUAGUUGGUGGUUUGCCAUGUACAGAAUUUCAGAGAGGUCACGUUCAUUGAAUCGAGUGUUUAUGUUCAGUCAGCAGUAUUUCACUUUCCGUCGGCUCCCCAAGAGAGUCGCUCUUGAACAUAUGGAGGUAAUUUGAGUGA